AUGACCAUACAACCAAGCUUGGUGACUGUUCAAGCGCACAGCUCCUUGUUGAAUAUCUGCUGGGACCCAGAAUUCUCGACGCGCCGGGAUCUGUGCUAUAAAUCAGAAAACGAAUCUUACCUCAAGUCCAUUGCCGACUGGGAAUCAGAAAGCCCAGUCGGAAGCCCUGGCUGGCUCUCAGAUUUAGAGAAUGCAAUCAGAGGGUUCAUGCGAGGACCUGACCAAUCUGACUCCUGUACUCCAGAGGCCGAUAUUGUGCUUGCAUUUUGCCACAAAUCGACGUUCAAACAGCUCCUCGGAGAAACAGAGGCCAUCUACAGUUCGUUACCCCAGAAUGCUUGGUUAGAUGAAAGACACUUCAGAGAAGGAAAAGUUCAGGCGAGGACGCAGAGAGGCGCUCUGACAGCGCGCGAGUUGUACAAUGCAUUGAACGCACCGCGCUUUUUCCUAUGCCGAGAGUGCUUAAUCGAAUCCUGCGAGGCCGACAGCCAAAGCGGAACAAUGGCUAGCACUCAGAAUUCUGCAUAUGCGACCGUUGACGCCCUCUUGGAUGAAGGCGAUCCGAAGCAACCAGAUGCAGAGCGGAGACUAAUAUUUGUAACUGACCCUGACGGUUGGGUCAUCCAUGCACUUAUCGGAACAGCAUCAAGGCUCCAAGCAUAUGCCCUUCGAGAUAUCCUCUAUAGACAUCUUGCUGCUCAGACGUUUAUUGGGGUGACUUUUGUGUUGGCAGGAUAUCGCAUGUUUGAGCUUGCAUUUCACCUACCAUAUUAUGCCUGGAGGGACGCAGAAGCUCAAAUCGAAGAUCACCGACAAGAUUCUAAUGGCCGACCAAUGAGACAGUCCCACGACGUCUCUUUUCUUAACUGGCAAAAUGACGGACAACUUUCAUUCAUACAUCAAGCGCAAACUUCUUGCGUGGUUGCUGGAACGGAUAUCUGGAGAUGGGUGGGGUACUGCUUUGUCGAGUCUUACUUCGACUGUGGUAACGAGGCUAGGGAAACCGUCAUGACAUAUAUCGAAGAGGGUGAGAGUGGGGGGCUUUUCAUGGAUCCUUGCACAUAUGGAUGCUUUCCACUCGAGGACAACAUCAAGGAUCCGCGGGAGUGGUUUCUGCUCGUAUUCCAGUGUCGUCUGCACCAAAUCCGAACUGAAUGGCGACAAGUGGUCAGGAAUGUAGCCCAAAGCGUUCAGAACUAUGAGGUACCGGAACGCUCUUACGCUCUCACGCGGCAAAGAACCAGUCGCUAUUUCAGAGGAGACAAAGAGCAGAGAAAAGAAAUGCAAAAGCUAGUCCAGUGGGCCGUUGACGCUAGGAGACUUUUGACGCUUUUGUCACCAUGUCUAACACGGACCGUCGAUGCCUGCGACAAGUUUUGCUUGGAGUCUGCUACUUAUUUCCUCGACGUCCCUGGAGCAUCUACGAUUAACAUGUCGUUUUGUGCCCUUCGGUCAAUUUUUGACGACCUGAAAUCCAUGAAGAAAACACUUGAGGAUACAGCGCACUCUUGCAAUUGCUUUAGCCAGAACCUUGAACUUAGAUUGGGCAAUGACCAGAGAGAGCUCGCAAAGGAGAACAACUGGAUGGGAUAUGUCGUGAUGGUGAGUCUAUAA